AAUUGGUUCGGGUUAAAUUACCCGGUUGCGGUUUGCGAACCCCUUGUUUUUCCGGGGUAAUGGAGACUAUAGUUUGAUUUGAAAGAUGAAUCCGUAAGAUUAUCAAUUCAACAAUUUUCUGGGUGUUAAGGUUUCAGUACAAAGUUUGCUCCUUUUUCAAUCGUUUCCCUCUACGCCUCACUUACCUUCCAAAGAACAGGGAACAUGGAUGCGCAAGCCAAGAAAAAGGCAUAUUUUCGUGCUAAAUUGAAUGCCCAGAAGAAGGAAAAACGCAUAGAAUCUCCCCUUGUUAGGUAUAAUGAAUUUGAUCAGCCCGUUUGCCGGGUUUGUGAUGUUGCUCUGAAGUCUGAGUCUAUAUGGGAUGCACACCAAGUUUCUCGUAAGCAUCGUGAGGCAAUAAGUAAUCUUAAAGCUAAUGCAGCUGGAUCAACUCAGCAGAACAUUGCUAAGCCUGUUACAGAUACCAUCUUUCUCAAAGCUAAACCAGAACAGCCUUCAGACUCACAAUCCAAAAUACCUGAAUGUUCACGAGAAGUGCCUAAACCUCAGUCAUCAUCUAUGCUUCCACCAGAUUUUUUUGACAAUAGUGAUGCAAGAAAGACAAGAUCUGAAAAGGACUCUUCCCAUUUGGUGGACUCUGAUUUAGGUAGAAAAAUAGGGGUUUCUGUUCAAAGUCGGGUGUUAAAUGUGGAAAAGGAGAAGGAUCAUUCUCAUGGCAAUGAUGCUGCACAGUCAAAGGUUAGUCAAGCAACAAUGGAGAUUAGCCAGACAACAGUCAAGACUACUGAUCCAGAGAUCAAGCAAGUAAAAGGGGCUCUGCCUGAAGGCUUUUUUGAUAAUAAGGAAGCUGAUUUGCGUGCACGUGGCAUAAAGCCUGUUAAGCCAGAUGUCAAGGACGAAUACAGGGAAUUUGAGAAGUUGAUUCAAGAGGACUUGAAAGAGGUCGAUGACCGGUUGGAAGAAGAAGAGAUUGAUGCUGCUGAAACGAUAGAAGAAGCUGAAUCUGUGGAGCAGAAGAUCUUCAGGGAGAAAGUGGAAAUGUUGAAGAAGAAGAGAUUGGAGCGAAAGGCUGCUAACUCUGCAAAGCGCUGUAAAUUGUCUGAGGUUGUAGCCAAGGAGUCUAGACGUGAAGAGUCAUCCAGUGAUGAUGAAAGUGGUGAGAAUUUUGCUGUGGACUGGAGAGCACAACACUUGUGAAUGCUUGCUAAAUUUUGCUGUUUCUUGAAAUCCACUCCAAACCUGGAAUAUAAUACCUACAUUCAUACUGCCAAGUUUGUAUGUACAACAAUUAUGCUGAUCAUCCUCUUAUCCAAGUUCAGCCAUUUUUAUUAGAGCUUUGGACAUUCAAGGUGUUUCUUUUCACUUCUUUACAACGUUCAGUUUGAACAGCAUUGGUUAGAGGCUCAGACAGACAACCAGGCAAUAGGUAUUUGGUACUAUUUAAAAUUUACUUUUUAUUUGUCUAAAAAUCUGUUGUUAUUUAGAAAUUAGAAUGCAUCUAAGUACUGAUUUGCCUUUUCCUUUUAGUGGGAAAAGUAAUGAAGCCAUUAUGUUGUUUUGGAACCUUUUAUAGUCUUGAACGUUGAAACAAUUGGACCGAGCCAAUGAGCUGGAUCUGCAACAAAGAAAACACUAGUU